AUGAUUUCUGCUCAAGCUUCCGCCGCCGAUGAUACUUCUCCGCAACAACAACAACAACCUCCUCCUCCUCAAGACAAGAUCAAGGCAAACGAAUCCAACAACAAUGGAAUCAGUGCUAGAAUGAAUGAUGAUCAUCAUCAUAUUACCACAAGCACGUCCACCUCAUUCACCAAUAACCAUCCUCUCUCUGGAGAUAUUUCUGCAACACUCAUUGAUGGAUCACCAUCAUCAAGAACAUUGCUCAUCAAAGACACACCACUUUCAUCCAGUGAUGGUUUCUCUUCCCUCAUGAAUCAUCACAAGAGAAGGAUUAGGAAACGAAAGGAGCAUCCAUCAUCUUCACCUGAGAAUGGCAACAACAACAACAAGCACAACCAUAGUAAUGGUCAUCACCACAAUAACAACAACAACUCACCAAACUCCACCACGAUCCAACAACAACUCACCAAACGAACCAAGUCUAACUCCCUCUCAUCAUUAUCAUCAGCUGCUCUUCCCGCAGUGAUGGGGAUUGAGUAUGCGAGUAAUUCUGCCUUUCUCCUCUCCAACAUUUUGCAAGCCUCUUCUCUCUUCACGUGUAGCUACAACAACACGACCCUAAGCUAUGAUCCGAACGCAGUACUCGAAUGCCCGUGGAAGAUCAAUGGAAAUGACAGCACUUCAGUGAUUGGUGAAACAUCCUCGUCUUGUCUUGCUCUUGAGGAACCGGCCACUCUUGAAAACAGAUUGAAACGUUUACUUGUUGUUGGAAGGGAAUCUAGGGAAGAAUUAGCGUCAUCAUCAUCGCCAUUGGCUUCAACAACAACCACAGCUGCCACCAGUUUGUCAUCUAAAUAUGCACUACAUAUUGAUCCUUACUGUACACUCAUGCUCACAGGAGGUCGAGUUUAUGCUGAGAAUUUGGAUAAUCAUCAAGCCACUGUUCCUAACGAUUCAGUCAGCAAGUUAAGCAACAACAAGCACGAUCAGGCCUUCAAUGUACUCAUUCACGGAUUGCAAGAUGGACAGUUUGUCAUCCUCCAAUUACAAACUCACCUCUUGUUCAGGAAUGUGUUUGUUGUGUACUCAAGAUUUGGUACUCUCGGAUCAAGUGGCAAAACCUACUCACGUUUAUUCGACAAUUUGCACCAUGCCAAACAAUUCUUUGCUAACUCUCUCCAAUCUCUUCUCGGAUUGAACCACGAUGGUGAUGAGAACUCACACAGUAAUGUUGUUUCUCCAUCGGUGGCGACCUUGAGCAAAGUUUGCUAUCAAGUGCCUCGAAUUUGCUUACACCAUCAACAAUAA